GGUCAUUAGGAAGACGGAACUAGCUGGACGUCACUUCCGAGUAUUUCAUUUAGAGCUCUGGCGGGCACACGUGCUGCCUGAGAGUAAUUUUUGUGUGCUUGCAGCCUCCCCUUCCUUGGCCGGGUUGCUAUGAGUUUGCCUCUCAAUCCAAAGCCCUUCCUAAAUGGGCUGACUGGGAAGCCAGUGAUGGUGAAAUUGAAGUGGGGAAUGGAAUACAAGGGCUACCUCGUGUCUGUUGAUGGCUACAUGAACAUGCAGCUUGCGAAUACAGAAGAGUACAUUGAUGGAGCGCUGUCUGGACACCUUGGUGAAGUUCUGAUAAGAUGCAAUAAUGUCCUUUACAUAAGAGGUGUGGAGGAGGAAGAAGAAGACGGGGAAAUGAGAGAAUAACUAUUUUUGGAAUUGUUUUUUUUUAAGUUAAAGAUCUUUCAUUGUCAAUUUUUUAAGGUUUUGAUAAAAGUUUUUGUUUUGUUUUGUUUUUUGUUUUGGUAACAACAUUUCUGGAGGAAAAAUACCAUUGGCAAAGUAGAAUAUUGCUAUAAAAAAUAAAGAUGCUACUUUUGAUGGUUCUUAAA